AUGGUCGCAGCUGCCCAGCCGGUGUCGCCAUUGCCUCAAAAACACGUCGCUCAGAAGGAACCAAGUGCUGGCCCUGAAGCAGGAAAUGCUGAAGACAGCGACGAGUACGAAGAAGUCGAAGUUACCGACAGCGAGGGCGAGGAUGCAGAAGGUCAACCAUUUAAGCGUCCUCGUACCGAAAGCCCAGGUGCGCAUGACAAGCCAGUCGAAUUCACAGAGGAAGAUAUGGAAUACCAACUCGCCGCAAUGGGCGAAGAUUAUGGCCUGGAGCCGGGCGAAUAUGGCGAGCCUGGAGAAGAAGACUGGGAAGAGGGCGCGGAAGGGCUCCAGUUGACCGACGCUGAUGCCGAAGCGCUUUUCCGCGACUUGCUGGACGACUUCAAUAUUAAUCCUUUCACGACAUGGGAGACCGUCAUCGAAGAAGGUCGCAUCUUUGAGGACACCAGGUACACAGCGCCUUCGAACAUGAAGCACCGAAGAGAAAUCUUCUCAAACUGGAGCCGAGACCGCAUCAAGGAUGUUCAAGAGCGCAAGGCGAAGCAGGAAAAGCAGGACCCUCGCAUCAAAUACUUAGCUUUCCUCCAGGAGUACGCAACACCAAAACUAUACUGGCCCGAAUUCAAACGCAAAUACCGAAAAGAGGGAGAGAUGAAGGACACGAAGCUUUCAGACAAGGAUCGGGAGAAGUUCUACCGUGACUAUAUUUCGAAGCUCAAACUUUCUGAAAGUACUCGCAAGUCGGAUCUUUCGAUUCUGCUCAAAUCAGUUCCUUUGCAUGCUUUGAAUCGUUCUUCGAACCUAGAGGCUCUUCCGGUCCAGAUUAUCACAGAUAUCCGAUAUAUUACACUUCCAGCCAAGAUUCGCGACCCGUUAAUCGAGGCGUACAUAUCUACCUUGCCCCCACCGCCGGAGGAGCAGUUGACUGCGGAGCAACAUGAAGAGAUCGACCGGAAGCGGAGGGAGAGAGAGAAGCGUGAAAAGGCCCUUGAGGACCGAGAGAAACGCGUGGAGGAAGAGAAGCGGAGGCAGCGAGGUGAUGUGAUUCGUGGCAAGCACCUUCUCAGGGAAGGCGAGGCCGAGAUUGCAGAAGCUAUGAAGGUCCGCAAAGAUGGAUUGCGGAGCUACAUGGAUGUUGAUGAGACACCAGCCGGCGAGCAAGAAGAUUCUGGUAAAUAA